AUUCCUACUCUCGAGCGUCCACGUAAAACGAUACAUUUCAAUGUCUUUAUAAAAUUUUACAGAUCUUGAAACAAAUCAAAGGAUCAAGGACGAGGAUUGAUAAGUAUUGGGGAACGAUUAAAAAAUAAAACAAAAAUAUAUUUGUGCUUAAUGAGCGAAGAUUCGGCAGAUAGAAGAAUAAGUAUUGACGCUUUUCAUAAAAUUUCAUAGAAAAGAGAUUUUUUGAUAUUCUGACCGAUACAUUAUAUGUUUAUAUAUCUAUCAUUGGAUAUCAAUUUGAUCGUAUUUAUUAGGAUGGAGAAAGAACGGCAAGUGUGAUUUUAUCGAAAUACGACGAAGGGUUCAUGGGAUGAGAUCAGAAAAAAAUAUCAGUUCGUGGAAUCCUUCUCAAGGUCAAUACAUAAGGGUUAGCGAGCAAGCGAUGCGUCCAUGGGAUAUAAAUAAAACAGCUCGUACAUGGAAAAGAUAUCCUCAGUCCGAAUUGCAAAAGAAAAGUCAAUUGAAUAUAACCAUAUAUAUUAAAUAAGAAAUCUCGUGGCAGGUCAAUUGAGGAAUGUUACGUACAUAAUGCAAAUUGUUGGACUCAUUUAACAUUGUCAAUGUGAUGAUAAAUAAAAAGAGAAAAAGAAAGAGUAAAAGAAGUAUAGAAAGAAAGAGUCAAAGAGAUUUCGAGGAAUUCGGUGGCCUGACAGUGGCGAACAUAGCACAAUGGGGGUGUGGAUUAGGUAUACGCAUAUAUAGAGAAGGGAGAGAGACAAAGAGGGCGAGAAAGAAGGGGAUGCGCUUGCGCGGCUCCGAUUGGUUGAACGGGAAUUGAGUAGUGGGGGACGCGGGUCUUCAAGCUCGGUUAAAACUACUGUAGUAGACGAAUUCGACUUUAGUGCGGACGGAAAGCUCGAGAGGUGCAAGAUCUUCUUGUAUUUUGUGAAAUACACGUGGAGGAAAGGAAACAAGUAGCAAAAUUGAGAAAAAGAUCAGUAUUUUUGUUGCCGUCAAAAACGCAAGGCCUCUUUUUUUUUCUCCACAAUUGCUAUCUAAGAUUGUGUUAAGAGAAACGCGUUCGCACUAUAUGUAUAUAUGUAAAUAUCUGUUUAUAAGUACGAUAACAUAUAUACAAGAUCAUCGGUGUCGUCAACAUCAAAUGUUUAUGCUGCUGAAGUUAGACGGUGCUCGACAUCAGGACGAAACGGUUAGUGUGUUAUGAAGUCUUCUAUAAAUCUAUAAGAUCUGAGGAAAGCAACGAGAAAAAAAAUUAUUGCAGAUUUAUUAAUCUAUCAAGAUGAAACGUAGUCAGAAUUACAAUCGUGGCAUGAACUUUUUUGGAAGAUAUCAACGGGAUCAACAACAACAACGACGACGACAACAACAGCAACAUCAACGACAACAGCAACAUCAACGACAACAGCAACACCAACGACAACAGCAACCACAACAACGACAACAGCAACUACAGCAACAACAGCAACAACCACUACCACAGCAACAGCAACAACCACUACCACAGCAACAACCACUACCACAGCAACAGCAACUACUACCACAGCAACAACUACUACCACAGCAACAACUACAGCAGCAGCAAGCACAACAAAUACAACAACAGUCGCAGGAACGCAACGUCGACAUGAAUGCAUUAUGUCUGUUUCAGUCCGGUUCGGAAAGUCCAGCAGGUACAUCAUCAGGAAGUAGUUCAACUUCUCAAGGGUACAACAGCCAGUCACCGGAUGAUUUAAACGUCGACUCGUUGAUUAGUAGCCUUUUACAGGUUGUAAAUGGUGAUAAUUAUAACGUCAGUCCUAUCUCUAACAACGUUAGUUUUCCUGUAUCAAGAGACCUCACAAAUAGAUGUAGAGACUGCCCAGAUGGGUCCUGCGAAUCAUGCUUGAUAGGACGUCAAUCGGUAAGGGGAAACUCCUCUUACUUAGAACUAUGUCUUUCGCUUAGCAACAUUUUGGUGGAAGUGGAUCACUUGGACUUUAAUUCGAUACCAGAGCGAAACACAAUCCAAAAUGUACAAGAAACUUCGAAUUUAGCGCUGAUGCCCGUGCCACAUUUUCAAAGAAGGCCAGUAGUCCAUUGCGAAAUUCAUGCAGCACACAAAUUUUACUGUCAAACUUGUAGUCAAUCCUAUUGCGGAGAAUGUGGCGUCUAUCACAAUGGACACGUGACGAUAAAUGUGGCGGAAGCGAUGGAAAGUGCCACAGCGGAAGUUAAUCGAAUAAUGAACGAAGCCCGAGGUGGAAUUAAUACUAUGAGACAAGAUUUGAACUCAUGUCAGAUGGCUGCUGAGCUGCUAGAAAGAAAAGCGAGACAGGCAACAGCUGACGUGAUACAAUGCGUAAAAAAAAUAACAAGUGCUUUAGAGGCACGUGAAAGGGAAUUGUUACAGAGAAUCGAAGAGGCAAAAUUAUUAAAAUUCUCGGCAUUGAAAGCGAGAGACGAUGGACUGAGAGUUGGGAUAGUUCAAUUGACUAAAACCAUGAAGAAACUUAGCACAGCGGUUGAAACCUAUACAAUGGGCAAUAAUCCAAGAGAAUUGAUAAUCAGCAAGGAUAUGGCGGCAUCAGAGAUGCAUAAAGUUCGUCAGAUUCGGCACAAUUUACCCCCGGCACAAGAACCCUGGAUAACAUUUACUGGAUCAUCAACUAACACGAUUCAGAGCCUUAUAAACCUGGGCUCGAUAGUAGUGAACAAUCCAGGUCACAUAGGUGAUCGCCGAUCUUUGAAAGGCCGUGGAAAUUCACAAAUGUUACCACCGUCAUCACCGUUUCCUCGAUCGCCUUCAAACACUAUAGUUCCUAUAGCACGAGGAAGGCCAAUACCAAUGAAUGAUUAUCCUGUGACGGUUUGGUUUGGAUCAAAUACUCCUAACCGCCCACCGCAAAUAAUUGCAAAUAAUGGCGAUCCUAGAGAUAGUCUCUGCAGACCUUGGGGUGUUACAUGCGACAAGGAGGGAAACAUAAUCCUAGCUGAUAGAUCUAAUAAUCGUAUACAAAUUUAUCGAUUGGACGGUACCUUAGUCAGAAGAUUUGGUACAUACGGUACUGGUCCUGGACAAUUUGAUCGACCUGCUGGUGUAGCAGUCGAUGCACGUCGACGUAUCGUUGUUACUGAUAAAGAUAAUCAUCGUGUCCAGAUCGUAACGAUGGAAGGUCACUAUAUAACGAGCUUUGGCGAGAGAGGAAGUCUAUGCGGUCAAUUUAACUACCCAUGGGGUGUGGCAGUAAAUUCCGAUUGUCUAAUAGUUAUUUCCGAUUCAAGAAAUCAUCGUCUGCAAAUGUUCAGUCCGGAAGGUGUUUUUCUUCGUAAAUUUGGACACGAAACGAAUCCUAGCAUGUGGAAAUACUUCGACUCGCCUCGUGGAAUAGCUUUCAAUCCGGAAGGCAACGUUGUCUGUACGGAUUUCAACAAUCAUCGUAUUCUUAUCAUCGAUAUUGACUUCAUGAACUCUCGCAUUCUCAAUUGUGAAAACAUCAGAGGUCAAAAACCAUUCCUCAGACCACAAGGCAUGGCCAUAGAUGAUGACGGUAACAUCAUUAUUUCUGAUUCAAGAAAUAACAGAAUACAGGUAUUUAAUUCUUCUGGAGCCUAUAAAUUUACAAUUGGCAAUUUCGGUACAGGAUUAGGUGAAGUAGACAGACCAUCUGGUGUUGCGUUAUGUCCAGAUGGUAGAAUCGCAGUCGUAGAUUUCGGUAACAAUCGGGCCAUGUUGUAUUAAAAUGAAUUUUGAUGAAACACGAGUAUCAAACACAAAGUGUAGAUAUUCUUACGUAUAUUUCUCUCUUUCUCUAUAUAUAUAUAUAUACACACAUAUACAUAUAUUAGAUAUAUAUAUCAUAAAUAUCCAAAAGAGGAUACAAAAGGACCGCGUUUUUGUUCAUUCGCGAGACAUUAGAAGCAAUAUUUUCGUACUAAUUGUAUAUAAUAUGAUACGGGAAUACAUGGAUGUUCCUUCCUCACUUUCGGUGCCAAGAUACGAGUACAAAAAAAAUAGAGAGAAAAGAAAACUAAUCUUCGGUUUCAGAGUGUUCGAAAAAUAUGCUAUUAGCCGGUUUAUUAUGCUUCCUAUAUACAUAUAUAUAUAUAUAUAUACACACACACAAACACAAACACACACACACACACACAAACACAAACAGAUAUAUAUAUAUAUAUAUAUAUAUAUUGUUUUAAAGCGUGCACAAUCGGGUCUUAGAACUCCGAUCAAAUAUAUUAAAAAGAUAUGAAAAUAUCACAAAAUAUGUCAAAGAGUGAUAAAAUAUUCAAAACAAUAAGUUCUUCUCAAACCUUCUUAUGAUAAAAAAGAGAAUAACAUAAAGAAAUAAUCGUUAUUAUUUUGCGUAUUUUCUUUUUGUUCUCUUCUUUUUUUUUUUUUUUUUUUUACAUAUUUUACUAUAAAAGUCAUUCGAUUCCAAUUAUUUACUUAUUGAAGAAAGCUGAUUGUUUCAUAUGUUUCGGAUAUUUUCGUUAUUUUUUAAUUCGUAUUUCAAACAAAUUAAAUUUUUACGUAAUCGUAAGUAAUAGGAAUCAAAUUUUUAUUUGCCUACUUUUAUAGCAAAAAGAGCACAUUUUAACUGGAAAACGACACAUAAACGAUAUGUUGCUUAUCUUUUUAUAUUAUCAUAAAAAGAGUUAAGGAAACUUUUAUUGUUUUGAAUAUUUUGUUCUUCUUUUACAUCAUAAAGAUUAUCAUAAGAGAAGGUUGGAGAAUAGAUAUUUAGAUGCAAGAGAAGGAUAACAAAAAUUUUACAUGAGAUAAUGAUUAUUGUUUGUUUUCAAUGUAGUCGUAUAACGAUGAGACGUCCUUUAUUUAUAGAACAAUAACGAACAUACAAUGCAUUUGAAAUAAUGCGUUGUGCAAUAUAUGUUUAAUGACGACCUUCAAGGAAGAAAGUUUCAUUUAAAUAUUUAUGUAUGUUACUUCAUAAUUGAAAUAACAUUUUUUUAUUGAUAUUUUCUAAAUAUUUGGGAUAAGAGUAAUAAGUAAAUGUACGAUCUCUCGAUCUUAUUUUAUCGAUAUCUCCGAAUUAAAUGACUUCUUUUCAUUCCGCAUAUCGUAAGUUAUAUAUUUGCAAAAAUAUUUUUAAUUAUUUGCUUAAAUCAAUGAUGCGCAUUGUAAACUAUGAAAAAUAAUUUAAAUAGGAAAUUGUGAUGAAAUAAGAUCGAGAGAUUGUAUAUCUACUUAUUACUCUUAUCCCAAAUAUUUAGAAAAUAGAAGAUUUUAUUUCGAUCGUUCACAAUUUCUUGCUACAUUCAUUUCGUAAAAUUUAUAGUAGUGACACGAUUAACAAAAAUUAAUCUCCUACAUAUCAAGCACAUUUUGCUGUACUUCAUGCGAUUUGUCAACAAUUUGUGUUAAUUUCACUUAUGCAUGCACGAUCUUUUAAAGAUCGAAACUCUUAGAGUCGAAAUUUUUUAUUGAUUAUUAAUAUCAUACCGGACAAUGAGAAAAAGAAACGAAACUGCGUCUGUCGUAAGUAUAUAAUUAAUAAUCUUCGUUGAAAAAAAAAGAACCUAGAAAGAAAUGAAAAAAGAACAAAAUAUGACAAGAGGCCUCUGAAAUAGAAUUAACAUUUGCUUUAAUUUGUAAUCAUCAAAGGUCAAGUCAUCGAUUAUAUUUCACACCAGCAUAAGACUGAAGUAAGACUGAUUUAAGAAAAAAAAAAAAAUAAAAAAUAAAAAAAAAAGAAAAAUAAAAUAAAAAAAAAUAAAAGAAAAUAAUAAAAAAAAAAAAAAGUAAAAAAUGAGAAAGAAAAGUCCGGUAUUCUUCUGUUGAUAUGUUGUAUAACAUACGUUGUGUGAAAUUAGGAAUAACAUAGAACGAAAAAAAAAAAAGAUAAAAAGCAAGAUGAAAUUAGAAAAAAAAAAGAAAAAAGAGGGUGGAAAAAAAGGUUAUCACAUUAUCUCGUUUGCUUAUAUAUUAUUUCGAUAUUUCUUUUUUUUUUAAUUAGCAUUAUGUAUAUGGGUAAUCAUAUUAUUUGUGUAAUUGUUUUAUGUUUAAUCCAUUUGCAUUAUAUUCUUAAAUACACAACGGACUUCAUAAAUUAAGGACGCUCAACUAAGUUGACCCGUUAUGCAUAGACGAGUUUCUUAUUACUUUUUGUAAAAAAAAAAAAAAAAAAAAAAAAAAAAAAAACAUUUAACCAAUCAUAUUACAUUUGAGCAAAAUCAUAAUCUUUUCAAGCAAUCAUAAUCUGUUCUAGUGCAUGUUUCGUUAUUUUUUUUUUUUUUUUGGUUAUAAUAAAAAUUAUAUUUAUGCGCUAUACUAAAACCGCUACAGUAUUAAAAAAAAAAAAUGUUGUGUAUGUAUCUUAUCAUUGAUUUUAAUAUUUCUUUACUCGUGAUCGUUAUAUGUAAUGUUUAUAUUCCUUUUUAAUUUAUUGACAAUUUGUGAUAUAUUAUUUAUAAAAAUAUUUUCUUUUUCUUUUGUUAUAUAAAGAAACGAUUUUUUGCACAAAAAAUUUUUGCAGGUCUUAAGAACAAAGAAAGACUUUAAAAUUUACUUUGAACUAUGUGAUAUUUCUAAAAUCAAGUGAAAAAAAAUUUUUAAUUGGUGACACGAAAUUUUAAAAGUUUUGUUUAAUACUUUCAUUUUUAAUUAAUUUUUGAAAUGUCACUUUUAAAUUCAAGUACCGAAAACGGUGCACGUUACAGUAAAUUUACGCGGUUCAGACUUUUGUCCGUAUCAGCGUCAACCGAGGAUGCUAAAUCUGCUGAUAAAACAAUGGAAUCGUAUUUUUAUUUGCGACCGAUUCGCAUUUUUUUUAUCAACAGAUGCAGUGUCCUCGAUCGAUGCCGAUACGGUCAAAAAACCCGAAACGUGUGAAUAUUUAGAGUUUAACAAAUGUAUACAAAUUUUCUAUUUUUUCUAUAAAACGUGCAAUAUAACAAAAAAAAAUAAGUUUAUUCCGCAUUGAAAAACAAAGGCAGGAAUAAAGAAAAAAUGAUAAUUUUUCAAGAUUUCGGUUUAUUUUCAUUUUAUUGCGAUCAUUAUUUUCAUUAACUCCAUAAUAAUUUCCCUUACUAAACAUGUAUUCUUUACAAUUAAUUUUUGUAUCAAAUGUAUCUUUGUGUAUUAAUUAUCUUUUUUUUUAAUAAAUUAUCUGUAUGAUCAUUAUAAUUUUCCUUUUUGCUUAUAUGUUGCUUUUCUCUUUAUUAUUUUUCACGAUAAUGCCUACAUUUAACCACCCAAUUGCAAAAUAAAUUUGUGCAAUUAAAGAAAGCUGAAUUGUGCAAUCCUGACUCCUCCUCAUUAUGCCGUACAAGUAUCAUUAUCGGUAUACGGCUUAAAGUGUUGUAAACAUUAUCAUAAAGCAUGCAUUAGUGAUACCAACGAUUGUUUCCUUGCACUUUCCCUGUCGCAGAGAAAAAUAAUACUUUAUAUGAAAAUGAGAUUCAGUGUGCGAGGAAUGCAUUAAAAUGAAAUUUCUGUUUGAACGUUUAUUCCGAAAGUGAGACAGAAAAAUAAUACUUCCAUGCACGACCCGACACAGUUUCAUUUUUACGAUUUUAUUACUUGCGCCUGACGAUUAUUCAUAAUAAAAUAAGAAAUCUCAUUGUACGAAUUUUUCGAAAUCCAGUAAUAAAUAUAAAAGACAUGUGAUCAAAAGUCACUUAGGAGACUCUAAAGAAUAAAUAAGAUAAAUCCGAUAACACGGGGCACUUAUUAAGCGCUUUUUAUUUCUCUUUGUACUAUCGCUUUUAAACAUAUAUAUCAGUUUCUAUAGAUGUAUUCUCAAGUUAGAUUGGUUGUUACAUAGAGAAAUAAAAACACGUCUAUAUUAA